AUGGAGCCCAUCAAGAUCAAGACCACCGUUCUCACCGCCGACGCUUUGGCGAAAGCCAUGGCCGAGAUGCAAUCCAUCCUUUCCCAACUAACCCCCUCAGAGUACAACGAUGCCCUGGCCAUCCAGUCAGGCGACGAUUCCGACCGAUCAGCUCAGAAGCUGUUCUCCGACCCGGGGGGCAACGACUCGGUCAGCUCUGACCAAAACCUCACCACCACAACAACCCUUGCCUGUCCCAGUCAUCCAACCACCGACGAACCCACCACCACCGAGACAAAACCCGGGCAAAACAACUACCACAUCCUCCCGCACCCGGUCCCGGUCUCCAAAUCUGAGCCGCGGACUGUGAAAAUCGGCACGCUAAACAACAUCCCCAUCUACCACUACUUCUCCCACGCCGAGCAGUUCCUCGCAAGCCAAGAAUACGCCACCCCGUUCGGGAAGCGCUUCCUCCUCGACGAGCCAGACAGCUUGUUGCCUUCCGAUGACCCCUCUGACAGGGUUUUCCACCCUCCCCCCCACUCGGAGGAGUGGUGGCCCGGUCCGGGGAACGCAAACAGGGAUUUUCGAUUCAAGAAAUAUUUUGAGAUACGCAAAUCGGGGCUUGGGGGGUUGGGGGCGUUUGCUACGGUGGAUAUUGAGAUGGGUAGGGUUAUCUUGCUGGAGAGGCCGCUGCUGUUGACCACGCAUGGAAGGGUGGAGGAUGAUGUGUUGGCGAUGCGGCAGGAGGGGAAGGGGAUUUAUAGGAGCUUGGAUGGGGGAGGUGAGGUGGGGUGGGUGAGCAGGGUGAAGGAUCGGAAUUGCUUUGAUCUGGGAGGUGGGAUAGGCUUCUUUGGGAUUGCCUCGAGGUUCAACCAUGCUUGUCGGGGUGCGGCGAAUGUGAAUUAUAAGUAUGAUCAUCACAGAAAGGUGAUGGUUAUGACGGCGAGGAGGGAUAUCGAGGCGGGGACGGAGCUGUUUAUUGACUAUGGGGCUGGGUCUUCGGCUUGCUUGUAUGCCAUGUAUGGGUUUGUUUGUCGGUGCGGUGGGGGGUGCAGGCGGUUGACGAGGAGGGAUUUGGAGGCCAUGGGGGCUGGGUUGAAGGAACUUGUGAAGUGGGGGUUGGCGAGUGAGAAGGAGUUGGCGUGGUGA